AUGCACCCACGCUCUCAUCACCCUGAUAACAGGCACUCGGGCUAUUCCCAGAGGCCGCGCUUCCAUCACAACGCCCCUCGCUAUCAUCCUUAUGUCCAUCCUAGCCAUCCCCAUGCUCACUCUGAAUGCGAUCUUAGGGCUUCUCGCUAUGGUGGAUCCAGGUACGAUGGCGAGGCACGUCGCUCAAGGUCGCGCGACCGCUCAGCAGAGCGAUACAAUGAUCGCGCUUCCCAGUACAGUGACGGUGGGCCUCGACGAGCUUCCGCAGAAUCCCGCUCGAAUAGCUCGGCCUUCCAGACGAAUCGCGACAGUUUCCGUGAUGCCCUACCACGAGACCCCCCAAGAGGUCCAAGGGCGCUCCUGGAUCCUCCCAGCGGACCCAGGGGAGGUGGAUUAUCUGGAGAGUUUCGAGGACGAGGCCGUGGCAGAGGCAGAGGUUGGCGGGAUGAUAGCCGGGAUAGAGGCAGAGACCGCGAUUACGACCCUCGCGACCGAAGAGAACUAUUUCGGGACGAACGAAGCCGGGAGCGUGAGCGCGAGCGCGGAGACUGGCGGGACCGAGAUCGGGAUAGCUUUCGUGGUAGGCGGCCUUCCCCACGGGGCAGGUCACCACCGAUUGGUAGAGAUUUUCGAGAUUCUAGGGACUUAAGAGAUGUGCCCCUAGGUGUCGAUCCAGACCGUGCACGUCGUGGCUCUAGGGACGGACCUCUUUCUGCAGGGUCAUCCAACUCAGAUGCUCCGUUUCCUUCAACCUACCGAGGUGGAUUUGGCGGUCGGGGGCGUGGUAGAGGGCGAGGGGAUUGGGAUCGCGGCCGCGGAAGAGACUACUAUGGAGAUCGAGAUCGGGACAGAUAUGGACCUGGACUUCGGGCUCGCUCUCAAGAGGGGCGAUUCCGAGACAGAGAUGAUCGCGAACGAGAUGCUAGAUUUCUCGACAACGAUACUCGCCCGCGAGACCCGCGCGAUGAUCGAGAUGCUCGCGACCGUGAAACCCGUGGCAAAAUGGAUCGGACCUCCCACGAACCGGCCCCAACAGCCAGGGAAGUCUCACCACCACCCCUAGCACCAGCGGCACCAUCAUUUGGAUCUGUACCCAACCGGACCUCAUCCAACGCCGACAUCAGCGCUGUCAUAGGCAGGGUACCACCGACUGGCCCAAGAGCGUUGAAAGAAGAGCGUCCUCUCCCUACUGGGCCUGCGGCCGGCAACGAUACACGACUACCGCCCACUGGGCCUUCGAAGCCAUUACAUCCUGAAGGGAGUCCUCCAAUCCCUUCUGGUCCUCGUGCACAACGGCCUGGUCCAUCUUCGAAACAAUGGAUCAACCCAAGUUACAAAAGAGGCCCAGAGUCGCCCAAGAUGAAUAGGUCCCAGAGCUUUGCCCAAGCGAGAUUCCCCGGUUUCCGUCCAGAUGGCACAGGUUUUGAUCAGCAACCAGACAGUGACAGGCGUCCACGCAGCAGCGAAUUACACAUAGCGGAUUCAGUGGAUGGCGCCAAUAAACUUGACAGACGGCCUCGCUCGGCUGGUUCGCCAUUUGACAGAAGCUAUCAACCGAGAGGAUCACCGAAGACAGUCAAAUCUGAAGGAGCCCAUCCUCAAGAUGGUGUCGAACACUUGACCAAAGAGUCGUCCAUGGCGGAACCCGGCUCUCCGAAACAAGUCUAUGAAAAGGGCGUAGCACGUCGAGAACCGCUACUAGGGGUUAUAUUCCCUAAACGUACUGGAAUUCCAUGCAAGCAGUUUAAAGCACCUGUUAGCGAUCAGUCGUCAGAGUCUGACGAUGAAGACUUCGGGGACGAAAUUGAGUCGCAGUUGACCGCGACCGAGGCAAGCCUGAAGAAGAUUCCAGGUCCAGAGCAUACCGUACCUAUCGACGUCAUUGUGCGACAUGCGAUUCUGUCGCUCGAAUGCGUCAUAAAGGUCGGAUCUGAACCAGAGAAAUUGGCGGCUAUGGUUGGGCCAAUUCCGGAAGAAACAACGACUGCUCCAGUCGAAGCAGACAUGGUUGAUGUUCCAGACGAGAAGCCCACAGAUGUUGAUGCUGCGCCCGAAGAGCAGAACGUCGCCCCCAAUGAGAAAGCGCCAUCACCCAUUCCGGAGGUGGCAACGGUGGUGUCAAGCUUGUCUCGAGAGGAACUACCCCACCCUUCGAUAGAACAUGAUAUUGAUAUGAUGCCUAUUGACGAACCAAUCACGCGUCAUACAGUAUCCAAAACGGAGGAUGGCGACGUGGUCAUGGAGGAUGUUGCGGAAACUGCCCACUUCCCUUCUGGCCCGCAGCCAAAAACUGGGCAGAUAAACGGGAUAGUUUUCCCUAAAUCUCGAAGGUCUUUGUUGUACCAGGAACUUGAGCCAGCGCUUUCGAGAGAUGGGAGCAAAAGAGGGACUAGUACGCCAUCUCCAGCGGAGGAUGACGACGAGACGGACAUCGAGGAUGUUGACCUACAAACUGUUGAGAUCUUUCAGGAUCAUAUGAGCACGCCGCCGACCGAUAGCCUCCCCGACUUUGACGAGAAGCCAUGGUAUGAUGACCGAGCAUUUCUCAAAUCUAUGGACGCGCCUAGGACUGCCUUGGACAACUUUAUCCUGAAGAGGCUCCAGGCAGAAGCCUGGGACCGGACGGUAGAGCAACAACAACUGAGGAAGAUUUACUCCGGUAAUUAUGAGGCAUAUCUCCGGUUUACCAUGUCGGACGACCCGGUUGCUGUGAAGAGUCGCGAGAAGUUUACAUGCGUCACGGGGGUUCCUGAGCCUCCUGCCCACAAGCCAGGUUUCAAUGGCGAGGCAAAGCCGGAAUCUACGAGACGAAGUAGAUAUGCCUCUGAGCGCGACCUUGAAAGAAUUCUUGAAGAAUCCCGCCGGGUUGAGGAAGAGAAACGUGAACGUCACUUACGGGCAGAGAAGGAGAGAUACAGGAGCGAAAAGGAGGCCGUCUUGCCCUGCCAAUAUCAGACUCAAUUGGAGAUAGACAACAAUUUCUACCGUGACCACACUGGUGCCGUCGGACCUGAAACGAUUGUAUCGACGUGGGAGGUUCUGCCUCCAGUUGACAACUUCACCGAGGAGGAGGUUGCUAUCUUCGAAAAGGCCUACCUGGAGUUCCCCAAGCAAUGGGGUAAGGUCUCCGAUCCGUUGCCUAACAGGGACUUCGGGACCAGCAUCCAGUUCUACUAUCUCAAGAAGGAAAAGGCUGAGCUCAAUCUCAAGGAGAAACUUAAGAAACAACCUCGGAGGCGCAGGAAAGGUCGAGGCAAGCAAAGGUCUAGUGCACUCGUCUCGGAACUCGGCAAUGGUGACAACGAAACUGAAGAGACGCAAGAGACUGGGGAGAACGGUGAAAGACGCCGACCGCGGCGCGCAGCCGCUCCCACCUUUAACUCUGAAGCUACUCCUGCUACGGAUGGAGACAACACGGCCGGCAGUUCCACCCCGAACCGCCGCGGUGCUGGUGCAACGAGAGCCGACGGAACCGUGGCUGAGAAACCUAAACGAGGCCGUAGGUCGGCUAAGGACAAGGAACCCAAGCUGCCCCGGGCGAACCAAACUCUGGCCGCAGCGCCGCCAGCGAACACGGCCAAGAGCAACCGAUCCCGGUCUAGUUCUCGAGUGCAGCCGCCGGAGUGGGUACCGCAGCAGAUUCAAGGCGAAAUGCCUCGGGUUCCAACCCCGUACGAGCAUGCUCCAAGCGGUAUCCCUGUUCCUCCUGUUUCUAUGCAGCCUACAUUUCAAGCUACAAAACCACUCGUCAGCCCAGAAAGAGUCGUUCCGCUGCCCACUCCUGGGUCCAUGUCGGACGUGAUGGCCCCGCCACCAUUGCGGCCAGAACCACCACAGCCUCCGGGGGGAAUGCCGUUUGACCUCAGUCAGUCGGCGUUCUCAGAUCGCAAAGCCAGUUCCCAGGCAUCUAGCUACUGGAGUGUGCCCGAAGCAACUGACUUCCCCGCUUUGCUUCGAGCCUUUGGUAGCGACUGGGCUGCUAUAGCCAAUCACAUGCGCACUAAGACUGCUGUUAUGGUCAAGAACUAUUAUGCACGUCAAAAGGACAAUGGCAAAGAAUGGGAAGCACUCGUUAUGGAGGCCGAAGGCAAGAAGCAGCGAGGCGAGAAGAUGCCACAGCCGCCUGUACCUAAUCCAACAAUCAAGUCGAAGCGGUACGACACAUCGGCCAUCAAUCGGCCGUUGGCUUCAGCGGACACUGUCAUGGAAGACGCGGCCCCUCCGAAACUGGAACAGCCCCCCACGCCUCAGUCCAUUACUGGUCGUUUCAACGUCCCAAUCGCAGCCCAACCACAGCAGCCAUCGGUGGUGCAAUCGCCCUUUUCUCAGCCUCCUCAGCCUCCGGUUAUGGUCCACUCUCAUCCAGCCAGUCAGCCCCCUGUUUCUCAACCGCUUGCCCAACCUGUGACGCAAACCAUGUCUCCAACACCUCGGCCACUAAGGGCGCCUUUUGCGUACCAUGAGAGAGAACAACGGGAAUCGAUGUCGCAGCAGCCGACUCGCACACCUCUUGUUCAGAAACCUACGCCUCAAGCUCACCCGACACCAGUUUCCGAGCCACCACCUAUAAGACAUCCGUUGCCAAAUUCAGUUAUUGAUCAUGUCGACCGUCAAAAGACAGAGUCGAAGCCAGUUAAGGAACAGCCUCGACAAGAGCGGCAGCCGCUGCGUGUGAAGCAGGAACCCGACCUAGGCCAUCAGUUCGACCCUUAUUCGGCUCAAGUGCAGCCUCAACCCCAGCCUCAAGUGCAAACUCAUGUGCAACCUCAAGGGCAACCUCAAGGACAACCUCAAGGACAACCUCAAGGACAACCUCAAGGGCAACCUCAAGGGCAACCUCAAGGGCAGCCUCAAGUGCAGCCUCAAGUGCAGCCUCAAGUGCAGCCUCAAGUGCAGCCUCAAACCCAGCUGCAGCCCCAGCUGCAACCCCAGCCCCAGCCCCAGCCCAGCCGUGGAGCUCCAGUUCGAGCAGAACUACCUCUAUCACGCCCGCCUGACCCCCCUCGUGCUGUUGCCCCUGCUCCCCAGGCACCAUUUGCUACCGCCUUACAACAGCAACAGGGACGGGGCUUGUUGCACGACAACCAUCCUUCGCAAAGCCAUCCGUCGCCGCCCGCACCUCCGAGGCCUCUAUCAACCUUGUCGCGGCCAAGGUCCUGUGCAAACGGAGCCGGUGAACAGUAUAACGCGCCGCCUGCGCAACCGACUCCACCAGUGCCUGCCGCGGCACCACCUAGACCCGUGGAACGUAAGACGUCCAGUAUAAUGUCCUUGUUGAACGACGAUCCUCCACCGCCCCCUAAGAGGGUUGCCGAGGUCCCAGCAAUGGUGAAGCAGUCAUCUACGCCGCCUCCGCAGAGUAAUCUUUCACGCCCACCACCGCCUCCACCACCGCCGUCGCACAUUCGUCGCGAGCCGCAAAUGGUCGAAACCCAACCGUACGCACCUUAUGGGCGAAACCCGCCACCAGCGCCUUCAUCCAUGCCUGCCUUGAAACCAUACACUACAGCCUCGCCUCAGCCUCAGUCACUGAGUGCACCAAGGCACUUGGCUAUGGAAUCUCCCGCCGACCGAGUGGAGCGCGAACGUGCCGACCGGGAACGUGCUGAUCGAGAUUACUUUGCUCGACAGCGUCAAUUCUCGUCCCCCCAUCAGUCCGUUGUUAACUCACCACAGAGCGCCCACCCCUAUCCCCCUCAGAGUCAGGCAGCUCAGAUAAGCUACCAGACUCAGCCUGGAUAUCCCUACGGUGCGGCUGCCGCUCAACCACCCCCUGCAGCCUCUCCUCCACCGCCACAGUACGGCGGUCACCCAUCGGCAUCCCGGGGUCACGAACCACCCUCGCAACCCAGCCGGGACAUGCGGGACAUGCGGGACAUGCGGGACAUACGGGACGUGCGAGAGAUAAGAGAGAUGCGGGAUAUACGAGAGAUGAGGGACAUGAGGGACAUGCGAGACAUGCGAGACAUGCGAGAGAGGGCAUGGUCUGGCGCGCACCCAGGUCAUGCUAUGCAGCAGCAACAGCAGCAACACGCAUGGCAAGCUCAGCCGCCAAAGUCCAGUCAACCGCCGCCAUCUCAGUCACCAUGGGCCGCGCAACAUUCUACACCCAAACCGCCACCGCCAAGCAGCUCUGUACCGCCACAGCCAUCAUGGGCAUCGGCUCCCCCAGCGCCACGUGGACAUGACCCUCGGGAAGCGCUGAAUCUUCGGGACCUACGGGAUCCAUACCCACCACACAGAUCAAUGCAGCCGCAUAUGCAACCGCAAUACGGUGCACCCGUCUCUCGAGCCCCAGAGCCACAACCUCCCCAAGCAUCUGCAGGCUAUUCACGGUACGCCAAUACACCGGUGCCAGGUCGUGACCCCCGAGAUGCGGGACCGCCCAGCAGUUAUACGCCCGUCAGCGCCUACGAGGCGCGAGGUCAAUACACGCCUUCAGGGCAGGAUAUGCGCGAAGUCCAGAUGAGAGAGCAGCAGCAGCAAUCCAUUCUGCAACAGCAGUUACGGCCACCGCAGGAUCGCUUGUACGACACCCGGCCGCCAGAUAGGUACGGGCGCUAG